AUCCCCCCACCCCCCUCUACCUCUUCCCCCCUUGUCGCCUACACAUCACAUGCUCCAACCCACUCAGAAAUUAAUUAAAUCAUCUACUUUACCAAUUGACGAAUCUUACCAUUACCCUUACCCUCUUCUGUGAAUCUUCAGUUCUUCACCCCAACUCAUAGCAAAGCCCAACAACAUAACCGGCGCACAGAUUUAUAUAGGGAUGAAGCGUGCAAUGGCUGACGAUGAGGUUACGGAGAAAGGGGAGGACAAGAAGAUGAAGAAGAUCAGAGUUGAAGGAGAAGAAGAGGAGGGAGAAGGAGAAGGAGGAGAAGGAAAAGGAAAAGGAGAAGGAGAGGGAGAAGGGGGAAGAGGAAGUGGGUUUGUGAAUCUGGAUGAGAAUUUGCUGUACGAGGUGUUGAAGCACGUGGACGCGAGGACGCUGGCGUCGGCGGGGUGCGUGAGCAAGCUGUGGCACAGGACGGCGCAGGACGAGCGGCUCUGGGAGCUGAUCUGCACCAGGCACUUGGCCAACAUCGACUGCCUCAAGCAGCAGCUCCGAUCUGUGGUUCUCGCUCUGGGCGGGUUCCGUCGUCUCUACUCGCUAUUCCUCUGUCAUCUUUCUAAGCCCCAAUCAUCCGGCUCGUCUUCUUCUUCAUCGGCUUCGUCGUCCUCGUCGUCGUGGGGUCCCUUCGCGCCGAUGAUCGGGUCGAAGCCGCCGACUCGGUGGGGAAAAGACGAGGUUCAUCUCUCGCUUUCGCUUCUCUCUAUUCGCUACUACGAGAAGAUGAAUGUCAAUAACAGAGGCAGAUGACUUUUAUUCUCCAUAAAUAUUUCUAAUUGCACUUUUUAUUUUCUUGGUUUCGCUAAAUGUAGCAUUGGGUUUCCUUUUAUGGUUUGGAUUUGAUUUGGGUGUUUAGAUCUAGAUCUGUAUGUUUACUAUGCUUCAGCGUUUCCUUGUUGACUUUCGAGAUUGUUGUAUAAAUUGAAAUGAAAUUUGUGAAAUUUGUGUAUAAUAAUGUAAUAAUUGGAAGUAUCCUUUGAUUUUCA